AUGUCUCACAUGACAGCAACGAGUGCAAGGAGUCUGAUCGCCAUGCUCUUCAUCGCCACAGGAAUGAAACUGUGCGACGCGUGGCUGUCUACCUGCGCUCCUCCAUGCCUUGCAGCACUCAGGGGCUCCUUGGUCCCUCGGACCGCCCGCUCAAUUCCCAUGAGCUCGAGGACCUUCCGCGUCGCAACAUGGCUGAGGAUGAGCGAUGACGAGGAUCAUGUAGAGACGAGCCAGUUCGACAUCAGCGACGUGAAAGAGAAGUUCAAGGCUGAGAUGGACUGCUGGCGCCCUGACAUCGACGACGUCGAUCGGAUCUCGUGGGGGAAGCCUGCAAAGAAGAAGACGACUGGGUCCCGGGGAGUUCCCCACCGUCUCAAUGAGGACGAAAGGAUACUGUAUGACAUGGCGCGGAGGAAGGGCUUCAUCGAGGUCGCUGGUUCUGGGUGGAGGAAGCAGAGGAGGGGAGCUCCGCUGGCCAACACGUACAGGAACUGGUGCGACGCUAGGGCGAUCCCAGUUAUCUCUCUGUACAAGGACAAGACUGGAUACGAUGAGGUUGUGCUGGACUUGUCUCCUCUUCGUGUUCCGGACCACUUCCUCGACAUCGCAACUUUCUGCGCGAAUUCUCUUCCAGGAGCCAAGAUGGAGGCGUUGGAGGAGGACGAGGUAGAGGAGGUGGGGGGGAUGGGAGGGCUGGAAGGGAUGACAGUGGAGAAGGAGACGGGGACGUAUGGAAUUCCCGAGGACAAGGCGGACCUGGUUGAGGAGAGAGAGAAAUUCCUGCGAGAGAAUCUCAAGAGCGCCUAUGCCAAUGAUCCAAUCUACAGACUCCCUAUGUACGUCGUGUCGUGGAUUGUGCAACGCAAUGAAGCCAAAGAGCUGGCGAAAAAACUUGCCGGGGCCUUCGAGACUGCAGAGGUCGGCGCCAAGGCCAAGGCCAAGUCCCUGGCUCGCGGGAUGCCACAGGUUAAACCAGGGAAGAGCAGGAGGCAUGGAGGGUACGGGAUUGGCUAA